CGGGCGCCGGGGCGGCCGUGGACAAGGGGGGACCGCCGAGCUGCGCGCGCCAGUCCUCGGCCCGCGGCGGGGACGCGGAGGACAUGUGGACUGUGUAGAGAUGAGCGACCCUUUUCUCCGAUGUUGGAUAUUUGCUUGGAAAAGCGUGUGGGUACGACCUUGGCUGCCCCAAAGUGUAGGUCCAGUACUGUGAGGUUUCAAGGGUUGACGGACGGGACCAUGAAAAUGGACAUGGAGGACGCAGAUAUGACUCUGUGGGCAGAGGCUGAGUUCGAAGAGAAGUGUACAUAUAUUGUGAAUGACCACCCCUGGGACUGCGGUGCCGAUGGAGGGAGUUCAGUUCAGGCAGAGGCAUCCCUACCGAGGAAUCUGCUUUUCAAGUACGCCACCAACAGCAAAGAGGUUAUUGGAGUGGUGAGUAAAGAAUACAUACCAAAGGGAACACGUUUUGGACCUCUAGUAGGUGAAAUCUACACCAAUGAUACUGUUCCCAAGAACGCCAACAGGAAAUAUUUCUGGCGGAUCUACUCCAGAGGGGAGCUUCUCCACUUCAUCGAUGGCUUUAAUGAGGAAAAAAGCAACUGGAUGCGCUAUGUGAAUCCGGCGCACUCUGCCCGGGAGCAGAACCUGGCUGCGUGUCAGAACGGGAUGAACAUCUACUUCUACACCAUUAAGCCCAUCCCUGCCAACCAGGAGCUUCUUGUGUGGUAUUGUCGGGACUUUGCAGAGAGGCUUCACUACCCUUAUCCCGGAGAGCUAACAAUGAUGAAUCUCACACAAAACCAGAGCCAUCCAAAGCAGCCCAGCACUGAGAAAAAUGAACUGUGCCCCAAGAGCGUUCCAAAGAGAGAGUACAGCGUGAAAGAAAUCCUGAAAUUGGACUCCAACCCCUCCAAGGGAAAGGACUGCUACCGUUCCAACAUUUCACCCUUCUCUUCAGAAAAGGAGGCGGACGACUUCCGAAAAAAUGGGAGUCCCGAAAUGCCCUUCUACCCUCGGGUUGUCUACCCCAUCCGGGCCCCUCUGCCGGAGGACUUUUUGAAAGCCUAUGGGAUGGAGAGGCCGACCUACAUCACUCACUCUCCCAUCCCGUCCUCCGCGACCCCGAGCCCCUCGGCGAGAAGCAGCCCCGACCAAAGCCUCAAAAGCUGCAGCCCGCACAGCAGCCCGGGGAACACGGUGUCGCCCCUGGCGCCCUGCCCUCCAGACCACCGAGACUCGUACGCCUACUUGAACGCCCCUUAUGGCCCCGAAGGCUUGGGCUCCUACCCGGGGUACGCACCGGCCCCGCACCUGCCCCCGGCCUUCAUCCCCUCCUACAACGCCCACUACCCCAAGUUCCUUCUGCCCCCCUACGGCGUGAAUUGCAACGGCCUGGGCACCGUGGGCAACAUGGGCGGCGUGGGCAACCUGAGCCUCUUCCCCAGGCUGUACCCCGUCUACGGCAGCCUCCUGGGCGGUGGCGGCCUGCCGCACCCCCUGCUCAGCCCGGCCUCCCUGCCCAGCUCGCUGCCCUCGGACGGGGCCCGCAGGCCGCUGCAGCCCGACCACGCGCGCGAGGUGCUCGUCCCGGCCCCGCACAGUGCCUUCUCCCUCCCCGGGGCGGCCGCCAGCAUGAAGGACAGGGCGAGCAGCCCCACCAGCGGGUCGCCCACAGCCGGCACAGCCGCCUCGGCGGAGCACGUGGUGCAGCCCAAAGCUACCUCAGCGGCGGCCCCCGGCAGUGACGAAGCCAUGAAUCUCAUUAAAAACAAAAGAAACAUGACAGGCUACAAGACCCUGCCCUACCCCCUAAAGAAGCAGAACGGCAAGAUAAAGUAUGAAUGCAACGUUUGCGCCAAGACCUUUGGCCAACUCUCAAACCUGAAGGUUCACCUCAGAGUGCACAGCGGAGAACGGCCUUUCAAAUGCCAGACUUGCAACAAGGGCUUUACUCAGCUUGCCCACCUGCAGAAACACUACCUGGUACACACAGGAGAGAAGCCACAUGAAUGCCAGGUUUGCCACAAGCGAUUUAGCAGCACCAGCAAUCUCAAGACCCACCUGCGACUACACUCUGGAGAGAAACCUUACCAGUGCAAGGUGUGCCCUGCCAAGUUCACCCAGUUUGUGCACCUGAAACUCCACAAGCGCCUACACACCCGGGAGCGGCCCCACAAGUGUGCCCAUUGCCACAAGAGCUACAUCCAUCUCUGCAGCCUCAAGGUCCACCUGAAGGGGAACUGUCCUGUGGCCCCAGCCACGGGGAUGCCUUUGGAGGAUCUGACCCGGAUCAAUGAAGAAAUCGAGAAGUUUGACAUCAGCGACAACGCCGACCGGCUCGAGGACAUGGAGGACAACAUCGAUGUGACCUCUGUGGUGGAGAAAGAAAUUCUGGCUGUGGUCAGAAAAGAAAAAGAAGAAACUGGCCUGAAAGUGUCUUUGCAAAGAAACAUGGGGAAUGGACUCCUCUCAGGGUGUAGCCUUUAUGAGUCAUCAGACCCAUCCCUCAUGAAGUUGGCUCACAGCAACCCACUACCUCUGGGGCCUGUAAAGGUCAAACAGGAAACAGUUGAACCAAUGGAUCCUUAAGAUUUUCAGAAAACAAAAAGUGUUUUGUUUUGUUUCUUAACUUAUGACUUGGCAAGUCAGGGUGCCUGUAACAAAUGCUUGUACAUAAUUCCAGUUCUGCGAAGCUCUCCUGACGGUAGAUGGUUUCCCCUCACCUGUCUGGAAUUAAAGAAGGAACUCCAAAGUUACUGAAAUCUCAGGGCAUAAAUGAGACAAAGACAAUAUAUAUAUACAUAUUAUAUAUACUUAUUUACACCCCCAUCUAUAUAUUUGAACCUGUGUAUUUUGAAUAUUUGUGUGGAUAUGUUUGCAUAGCCUUCCCAUUGCUAAGACUAUUGCCUAGCCAUAAUUAUUUUUUCAAUGAUAAUCCUUCAUAAUUUAUUAUACAAUUUAUCAUUCAAAAAGCAAUAAUUAAAAAAGUUUACAAUGACUGGAAAAAUUCCUUGUAAUUUGAGUUAUAAAUGUUAUAUUUUUGUCUUGUGGCUAUUCUUUGUAGAUAGUUUCUGCACAUCUGUCUAAGUACCUAUGAUUUAGUAAACAAAUACAUUACUUCAGUUGACCUCCCUCUAUAAUAAUGGUUUGAAAAUGCGGUUUGGUUUUGCCAAAGUUAGACAGUUGCUGUGUUAACUCAUAAGAUCUCACUUGAACAGCAUUGUAUACCAUGGGGGGAAUGUGUGCAGAAUUACCCAAUAAUAACUUCAGUAGAAGAAACAAGAAAGGGAAUCUUGUAUGUUUGUGUAGAUAGUUCAGAUUCUUUUCCCCCUAGCCACAGAUUUACCAGAAAGGAGAUAAGAAGGCUUUGCUAACCUGUCUUCCUCUCCAAAAAGCAGGGUCACCCCACCCCCAAAGUCACAUGGCCAUUCAGAGUGGUCACGUGACCUUUGCAUCCCAGUGUAUUAUCUGAAAAUGUGAAUGAGACAAACUGCCAUGUUUAAAACCGCCGCAAAAUGUUCCCAAAGCACAGGUGGUUUUGUAUGUGUGAGGUUUGGGGGUUUGAGUCUGGGUGUUGUUUUUGUUAUUGGGGUUUUUUGUUGUUGUUGUUAUGUCAAAAAUUGCACAAACAUGGUGCUCUACCAGGAAGGAUUUGAGGUAGAUAGGCUCAGGCCAUACUUUACAAACAAAACAAAACAAACAAAAAAAAGAAAAACGGGUAUUCUUGUUGUCUUAGGGUAAAAGCAGGCAAUGCACAUUCCUAUCCCCAACACAUCAAUUGUAUUUUGUUCUGUAAAACUCAGAUUUUCCUCAGUAUUUGUGUUUUUACAUUUUAUGGUUAAUUUAAUUAAACAUGAAAGGGCAUUGCAAAGCUGUUCAACAACAAUUACCUCAUUGAGUGUGUCCAGUAGUGCAGGAAGUGAUGUCUUAUGCAGUGAUUUGCUACUCUGCAGGAGAAACCAAGUGUGCUCCAGAAAGGACAGAAUGUGUGCCAUUCUGUCUUUUACUCUGCUAAGCCCAAAGAUUACAUGUCAGCAUUCAAGGUGUAGCAAAGAAUGAUGUAUAUUUAUAAAUCUAUUUAUACCACUAUACCAUGUGUAUAUAUAAUAUAUUUAUAACCACUUAAAUUGUGAGCCAAACCAUGUAAAAGAACCUACUUUUCCUAAGGGCAAAAAGAAAAAUCCUUUCUGAGGCUUUGCUUAACACUUGAGGACCUCAUCAUCAGAGACAUUGGUGAGCUUGGGCACCUCCUUGCUAUUGUAUGAGACCCCAAAGCCUUGGUGCAAAGCUGGAGACUGCAUAACAACCAGGGAGAGAGAGAUGCAUCAUCUUUCACCAGUAAGGGCAAUCUAAGAUGGCUUUAUUUUUGUUACGUGGUCACACCAAGUCAUGGAAAUAAAGUCCCCUCGCUCCCUUUACCACUAUUAAUUUUCUCUCUCUUUCUGUCCUUCUUUCUCACUUACUGAUGCAUCGUUUAUCGGUCUGGUUUCUACAUUCAACCUUUUAUUGAUGGCAACUAUGUCAGCCUGCAGUAAAGAACGAACUUAGGAGAAUCCAGAGAAACCUCAGAGCCUUACUGAUCUGUUCCUCUAAGUGGCAAAACUGACGAUUUUUUAUGGAUCAGUGCUGGGCCAACGCAGUCCUUAAUUGUAGGUAAACCAAAGCAUCGCACACUGACAUUGACACCAAACAUUAACGGUCUGCUCACUUGUUCUUUUCUUUCCCUUUUGUGCUUUCUUAUUUGUGGGAAUUUUUACCAAGACCUGCGUGGCUCGAGACCUGCUUCUCUUUGCCAUUUGACCUUCCCUUGUAGGCCUCUUACAUGUGAAUGUGGAGCCCACAAUCAACAGUGGUUUUAUUUUUUUCCUCUAAUCAAAGUUAAAACUGACCAAAGUUAUUGGCUUUUUACUUUGCUAGAACAACAGAUUAUCUUAUGUUUACGUACUGGUUUACAUUGUUAUUUAUGUGCAAAUUGUCAAAAUGUAAAUUAAAUAUAAAUGUUCAUGCUUUACCAA